AAGAAGAAGAAAAAGAAGUUAGGACCCGGAAGAAGAUCGGAGAAGUAUUGAGGCUGUCAUGGCGGACCAAAACAAGCCAGAGAGCGCAGAGAACUUCUUCAAUGAGAUAUUAAGUCCAUGCGAGCUGUUUGCAGCCCGCUCCAGGAGCCAUAAGAUCCCGGCUCGAGGACAGAAGGACUUCUAUCCCGACGAGACGGAGGAGCAAAGACUGCGUCUGCAGCAGAGUUUGGACGAACACUGGAAUCUCAUAUCGGAGGAGCGAGUCGAGCGGCUAGGGAACCUGGUGAAAGCCACAUGGAUUCCAGAUGACCGGAUUGUGGAGCUUCAGACUCCUGCUGGUAAGUUCUGGCAGACGAUGGGUUUCUCUGCAGAAGGGAAGCAGUAUCUCCUCCCUGAAGAGGCUCUCUACCUGAUGGAGUGUGGCAGCCUGCUGGUGUUUAAUCAGGACCUGCCGCUGUCCAUCCAGGACGGCUAUGAGAUGUUUCUGUCUGCAGACGCUGUCAGCCUGCAGCAGUACCAGGUGUUUGGGCAUCUGAAGAGGCUCGGCUACGUGGUUCACAGAUUUGAUCUCAGCGCUGAGCCGUCUCCCUACGCCAGGCAGCUGAACCUGCCUAGGCAGCGAGACCGAGGGGGGUGGCCGCUGAAGAGGAAGCGCAGCCCCAGCCCGACGCCGACCUGCAGUCGCAGGAAAGCAGCAGGAGAGUCGCAGGCUGAGAGAAUGGAGGAGGGUGAAGUAGCAGAGUCUGACCUUCCGUCCUCUGCAGAGCCUCAGACGCCCCCUCCGGGCCCCGCAGGUGAGGGCCGGACCUGGUGGGUGAUGGACGCCCCGGAGGAGGACAAAAGGUCGCCCUGCGCUUCCCCAUCCGGUCGCUUCCGCUGGAACUUCAGCGCCAUCUCCUUCCCUGACCUGGGCUCCGGUCGACCCGGCUCCGUGGCCCCUCCGGACCCCUCCCUGCUUCCCGGAGGCGUGAAGGUGGGGCUGUGUGACGUCGCCUCCUGGAUGCAGAGAAUAAACCUGCGGAAGGUGAGGAUGUCUGCGAGGGAGGAGCAGAUGGAGAGACGCAGGCGGCGCCGGGAUGUGAACAAAGACAGGCAGGUUCAAAGCUGCAGAAACUGGGCGGAGUACCACGAGCUGCUGGCCCGGCGGCAGGCCACCCGACAGGGCCGACCGGCCCACCUGUGGAAAGGGAAAGUUAAACCUUUACACGACCCGACCCAGCCCAUCGCCACCGACGAGCUGCUGGAGAAAAUCAGUGUGAUCAAAUCUACUGACCUGCUGGAGGGAGCAUCCAGGUUAAAAGGUUCUGAGGAGUGGAGGAUUUGUUUCAAUGUUUACCAGCCGGAUUCGGUGGCCGACUUCAAAAAGAGCAACCCGGGCAAACCGUACAGCCGCAUGUGCGUCUGCAGUUUCGACGGUCCUGUUCCUGACCUCAGAGUCAUCAAGCAGCUGGCCUUUCAGAGCGGAGACGUUCCCGUCGUUUACGCCGUCGUUGACCACGGAGACAUUUCCUUCUACACCUUCAAGGACUUUGAGCUGCCAAGAGACGUGUUCCCCUGAUAUCCACCCCCCCCCCCCAGAACCUCUGCGUCUCCUUUAGACCCCAAAACACUCAUUUCUUUCACCUACAGCCCGCUCAUCCAGUUAUUUUCUGUUUUUUGAGGUUAUAUUUGCUUCCUAUGGAUCGUUGUUAACAAGGGAAUCACAUUUUUUAAAUAAAUCUUUGUAUUUUAC